CUAGUUGCUAUUAAUUGCACCUUGAUGUAAGUUUAAUUGCUUUUAAUUAGUUAAUAAUUGAGACUUUUAUUGAAAGUCGAAUUGGUAUCUAUAUAGUAUCUGGAUCUUGCUCAGGAUUUAAUUGGUUACCUUAUUAUGAUACAUCCACAUUCAAGUCACACUAAUAAUCAUCUUAAUCACCAUCAUCAUCUCCCAUUUCAUCGAAAUAACAAGCAUCAUCAUUGUCAAGAAGAUCUCUUCCAAUCUUAUUCAACAUUCUCUUCAUGUGAUGAAGAUGAAUCAUCUAUAAAUGAUGUUAAACCCUUACCCUCCUUGACUAUGUCACAACGCGUGAUGAUCACUCAAGAUGUGAAAAUGAGCGAUAUCCGGAGCCAAUUGAUCUCACAUAAAUUACUAUUGACCAACCUGAUCAAGGUGAAAGAAUCUGAAGUGAGAAAUUUAGUUAAGAAAACCAAGCAACGAAUAAAAAAAGAUGAUUUACUGGAUGAACCUGAUUCAACUUACCUGGACAAGCUUUUGGAUUGUAGUAGAAAUUCAAGGAUUAGCUCAAAGUUUCCGCAUAAUUUGAUGAGUAUUAGGAAAGGUAUCUGCUGUUUUGAGGAUGAUGUAUUCAAAUGUGACAAACCAUCUCUUCCAUUUAGUAGGCAUUGUCAACGGCAUAUUUUGUAUAAUGUUGAUCAAUUACUUUUUGUGAGGUGUACAGCCAAAGAUAAUGAAACAUUAGCUCAAUGCUGUAAUCCAUCAUUGGAUGUCUUAGCAGAUGAGCCUCUUUGCAACCACCAUCGAUGGAUAAAAAGCUCAACACCUUCAAUGCAGGAAGAUGAUGCUUUAAAAGCCAAUGUUAUAGGAAGUGGUAAAGGAAAAGGUAAAAUUCAGGCUGGACCUGGUAGACCUGGAAAACGAAGUAAAAAACGUCGUAAACUAAUUGGUGGUAAAGGUAUUCCAGGUGGGUCAAUUGACAGUAUUGACAGUUCUAGUUUUCUUUCUCAAGACUCAUCUGAUAGCAUAUUUGUUAAUUCUGAAAAUUGUGAUACUUCUCAAGUACAUUUAUACGCUAUCAAGAUUGAACCAAAUAUUGAUACUGCAACCUCUCUACCCAUUGAAAGUAGCCAACCAAACCAACAAACCUGUAUAGUUCCAACCAUUCCUCAAACAAUGCCACUUCAAAUGCAACAACAAACCCAUCAUCAGCAUCAUCGACCACAACAGCAUCAACCAAUGCAUCUUAAUCAUGUAGUUCCAUCUUCUCACUUACCAAAUGAAAGAAGUACACUCGAUAAUUUAUCAGUAAUUCCUGGUACAACUCUUUUAUUGAGAGGUGAACAAACCAGCAUAACUCAACCAUUAGCUUCGACAGUCCCUGUUGUUUUACCAGACGCUACUAGAAAUGGUAUUAUUACUGGUCAUCUAGACGGUGUAACUACAUUAGCUCCUAGUGAUGAAGCAUUAGUUGCUUCCCUAGUUGCAGAAUUGCCGACUCUUUGUGCAGAAAAUGGACCUGAACCUGAGCCUCCAGGAUUUGUUGAUGCUGAUUUAACAGAUGUUCUUAAUAAGAUACCAGAUGAUGCAUUCAAUGAUUUGUUUGUGGACAAUUUGAAAAAUGGUGAUAUUCCUAGUAAAGAAGAGUCAGAAGCUUUAGAGCAAGCAUUAGCUGCUGUCAGUAAAAAUGUACAAUAUCUUUCAGUAGCUGCGGCUGCUGUUGGUGGAUCGAGAUCAGCUGUAAAUAAUGCUUCAAGAGAAGGGAUUACUUCUGUUACCUCUACAACUGUGAUUAACGGUGAUUCCAAUUAUUAUUCUCAUGCAGCCCAACAUCAUAAUCAUCAUGGUACGGUUAAUGGUGAAAUACCUCAGCUUUCUCAUCAUCAGACGCUCCCUGUAAAUACAUUGACAACUCCAUCGUCUCAAUUAACACACCAACCACCAACACAACCGCCGCCACCAACAUUAUCUUCCUCAUCCUCUACAUCUUCUGCACCGCCAUCAUCCAUAUCAUCUUCUCAUGAUCUAGCCAAUCGAUCUAUUGCUUCAACUUCGUUAAACCUUAAUGAAAAUGAUAUUCUCGGUUUAGCCAAUAACAUUUUAACCUCAUUGACAACCGAACAACAACAACAUUUAAAUGGAUUGAUUGAUGGAGCAUUGGCCUCGGGUACUUUAACACCGCCAACAAUUAAGUCAGCUUUGGCGUCAUUAUCUAGCUUACAGCAAGAAAGUGAAUCUUGCGAGACGCAUUUAUGACCCUUUACAACAAUAACCAAUCAUUUAAUAACCAGCUUGAAAAAUUUCGCUCUUUCGCCAAUUUCUCGACUGCAAUCUGAAAAAUAAAAGUUUUACUCAAUGUUCAACCUAAACUGGAUCUACUGAUAACCUACUUGGUCGUGAUUAUUUUUUACCUGAAGCUGAUUUUUCAUCAAAAUCAUAGCUUUGUCCUGGUCUUCGAUUGUUGAGAAAUAGUGACAACGAUUUCUUGAAUUACGGUGAUUAGAAUUCAAGAAUAAAUCUAAAUAAUUGUCCAUCAAUAUUUAUUAUUAUUUUCCUCUAACCUCCACUUAUCUACUUGUUUUAAAUUGCGGAUAAACAAAACUCAACUCCAAGUUUACUUACUUUCAAAAGUAAUUAUCGAAAGUGUUCUGAUGAAUCUCGUAUAUCCGGUGUUGAUAAUUUUUCUCGAUUGACUUCAUCAACUAAAUUGCUUUUGGAUACACAAAAAAUGGACGAUUGAUAAGUAAAUACAAGCCGAAUCAAUUGUUCUCCUAUUGUGAUUUCAUUUUAUAAAUUUCAUCUGACGGGAUGAUAGUUCAUCAUCAAAUGUACAUUGGCUUCGAAAUUAAAGACUGGACUGAAAUGAUAGAAUAGAUUGAUAUACGAAAUGAUAAAAUUUGCUUGGACAAAUCAACCAAUUAAUAAAUAGUUCUUCGCAAUCAA